AUGCUGCUCUGGUGGUUCUCCGAUGGUGGCACCAUGGAAAGUGUGCCAACUGAUGGUAAGACGACGGGUGAAGUUAUGUUCAGAGGAAAUACUGUAAUGAGUGGAUAUUAUAAAGAUUUGAAAUCAACAGAAGAAGCUUUCAGGGAUGAUCGCUUGAAAGACGUUAUAAUCUCUGGGGGUGAGAAUAUAAGCACUGUGGAGGUAGAAACAGUGGUGUAUAGUCAUCCAGCAGUUCUUGAGGCUGCGGUAGUUGCACGACCGGAUAAUCACUGGGGGCAGACGCCUUGUGCAUUUGUAAAGUUAAAGGAGGGAUUUAAUGUUGAUGCUGAAGAAGUAAUCAAGUUUUGUCGUGAUCAUUUGCCUCAUUACAUGGCACCUCGGACAGUCAUUUUCGAUGAUCUGCCAAGAACUUCAACUGGCAAGGUUCAGAAAUUUAUCCUGAGGGAGAAAGCAGAGGCCUUGGGCAGCCUUUCUUGA